AUGCGGAAAUUCAAGGAGAAGUUUGAACAAAAAAUUGAUAAUUUGGAGGGGUCGUUCAAAGACACCCAUAUCCAUGAUGUUAAAGCUGAUGCUACACAUUUAAAGGCCAAAGUUGGCAAGUUCUUUAAUAUCAUAAACCCAAAUCAUCGCCAUGACGAGGAGCACGAACAAGUGACAGACCGCAAGCGCUCCGAGAUCGCAGACUCACACCGCUUCAAAUCUUUUGCACCUGUCCACGAUGGUAAUCGCGUCAAGUGGUAUGUCGAUGGUAAGGACUACAUGUGGGCAGUCUCCGAGGCUCUGGAGAAAGCCACCGAGACUAUCUACAUCGCCGACUGGUGGCUCUCUCCAGAACUCUUCUUGCGCCGUCCUCCUGUUGAGCACCAGGAAUGGCGAUUGGAUCAGGUCUUGAAGCGGCGCGCGGAAGCAGGUGUCAAGAUUUAUAUCAUUGUCUAUAAAGAGGUCAACCAAGCCCUGACUUGUAAUUCCGCCCACACUAAACAUGCCUUGCGGAAUCUUUGCCCCGAGGGAACUCCUGGCUAUGGCAAUAUCCGAGUUAUGCGCCAUCCCGACCAUAAUGUCUUCGAGAACGCAGCUGAUAUGACCCUUUACUGGGCGCACCACGAGAAAUUCAUCGUCAUUGAUUACAAUGUGGGCUUUAUCGGAGGCAUUGAUCUUUGUUUCGGACGAUGGGAUGCAAACCAACACCCACUGGCCGAUGUCCACCCUGCAGGGUUGCGGGAUGACAUUUUCCCGGGACAAGACUUCAAUAACAACCGGAUCAUGGACUUCCAGAGCGUAGAGGACUGGCAGAGCAACGAAGUCAGCAAAGUCGACUUUGGCCGCAUGCCCUGGCACGACGUGGCCAUGGGCUUGCAGGGCGACUGUGUGUAUGACAUUGCCGAACACUUUGUUCUGCGCUGGAACUUCAUCAAGCGCGACAAAUACAAGCGCAGCCACGAUGUCGAUUGGCUGCUAAUGGAGGGCCGCACAGGCGAAGAAGAAGAUAUCAUCGCCGUGCAGCGACCCAAGUACCCCUGCGGAGACUACAUCCAGCACCCACUGACACCCCUAUCUUCUAAGCCUCGCGGUAACGUGGGAACUGUGCGCGCUCAAAUCGUGCGUAGUAGUGACGACUGGAGUAGCGGUAUUUUGAACGAGCACAGUAUCCAAAACGCGUACUGCGAGACUAUCCGCAAUGCCCAGCACUAUGUGUACAUUGAGAACCAAUUCUUCAUCACUGCCACUGGCGACCAACAGCGCCCGGUUUUCAACACGAUCGGCCGAGCGAUUGUCGAAGCUUGCGUGCGCGCAGGCAAAGAGGGCCGCAAGUUCCGGGUUAUCAUUGUCAUCCCCGCGAUCCCCGGGUUCGCCGGCGAUUUGCGCGACAAUGCUGCGUUGGGUACUCGGGCGAUCAUGGACUACCAGUACAAGUCGAUUUGUCGCGGCGAGCACUCGAUCUUUGGGCAGAUCGAGAAAGAGGGUAUUGACCCAAGAGAACACGUCUUCGUGUUCGCCCUGCGCGCUUAUGAUCGAAUCAACAAAACGCCCGUUCUCGAGGAGCUCGAGAAGCAAGCCGAUGUCACAUACCAGGAUAUCCAGCGCGGUAUCGCAGAGACCAUCAUGAGUGAAAGUGUGCACCCAGCGGUGGGCAAAGACGGCGACGAUAACGAGAAGGACUACGCAGCCGACCAAAGUGCGAAGCAAGAAACUCUGCGCAAGCUCCAGAAUUUCCAAGAUAAGGUCGAGCAGAGAAAGGCCCACGAUGGUUUCCACAGCAAGGAUUCCGUAUCGCAUUGCAGCAUGUUGAACGGGGGUAAGAUGUCCGACGAGACCUGGGAGGGCGACCCAGAGGCCGAAAAGGCCAACUUCGUCCAGGAGGAGCUGUACGUGCACGGCAAAGUGUGUAUCGUCGAUGAUCGCACGAUCAUUUGCGGCAGCGCCAACAUCAACGAUCGAUCCCAGCUUGGCUCGCACGAUAGCGAACUGGCCAUCGUAAUGGAAGACCAAGACCUAAUCGACAGCCAAAUGAACGGGCAGCCGUACCGGGCAUCCCGAUUGGCCGCAACGCUCCGACGGCAACUGUGGCGCGAACACCUAGGCCUACUGCGGGCGCAAGAAUACGAUGCCUCAGGUGAUCCGAACGCGCAACCGCCCGAUGUGUCUCUCAACAAGAUCGAUGAGGGGCCGGAGAACGAGUUCGUGAUGGAUCCACUCAGCGAUGGGGUCUGGAACACCUGGACGUCUCAGGCAAGCGGGAACACCGAGGCGUAUCGGAUGUUGUUCCGGGCGGACCCUGACGAUCAUAUCAAGACUUUUGAGGACUAUGACAAUUUCCGGCCACGGGGCACACAUAAGGAAGGACAUCUGUUCGAUCCGUAUAUGCCGGCCAAGGAUGUGCGUGAGAAGCUGGAUCUCAUUAAGGGUCACCUUGUUUGGUUGCCAUUGGAUUUCCUGCGCGACGCUGAAAUGGCAGAGCCUGGGUUGGCUGUGAAUCAGAUUACAGAGAGUAUCUACACCUAA